AUGUCACUCUCUAUUCCUGAACAAAUUCCUAACGUCAAUAUCGGAAAGGAUUCUAAUCUAGAAGACAUAACCUUGAAUACCCCUAAAAGAUCAAAUACCGUUACUCUUAGAAAUUACCCGAAACCAAUACCGCAUCAUAAUAUCAAUCCCAACAAUAAUAAUGCUUACAUACCUUCACCCCUCAAGAGUCAGCUCUCUAGAUCCCGCUCUGUCCAAUCCAAUACCUCAACUGGUUCUUCGUCUUCAUUGUCGAAUCCUGAUAAUUCACAAUAUAUUGUACACGUCAAUAAAACUCCAAAUAAUUUAACUCCUUCUCAAAGAUUAAAAUUAAGAAAAGAUCAAUUAAAUGAUUCAAUUGCAAAAUUUAAACAUCCUGCUCCAAUCAGAAAAUCAGAAUUACAAUAUUGUAAAGAAGAUAAUGAUGACGAUGAAAUUGACGAAGAAGAAAUUGAUGAAGAUAUGUCAUUUGCAUUUUUCAAUGUUCCAAUUUCGCAACCAUUAACUUCUUUAGCAAAUAAAGAAAAAUUCACUUUUGCUAAUAAUGAUCGUAAAUUUUCUUUCACAACUGCUACUGAAUCUACUCGUACCUCUUCAAUACUAAGUCAUGAUAGUUUUGUCGAUACUGAAUCUAGUUGUGAUCAUGAAAUAAUGACAAUGAAUGAUAAGGAUAAAGUUUACCAAAAUACUAAUUCCAUUCAUUCUACUUCUUCCUUUUUAAGCCAACAGGACAUAAAUGAAUUAAGAUUGUCUCAAGAUGCUCUAGAAUUAACUCUUUUAUUCAAUCAAACUGAAUCAAUUCAAAUUAAUGAAGAAUCAAGACAAAAAAGAAAAUUACUAUCAAGUUUUAAAAAAUUAAACCAAUCGGUCCCUCCUUCUCCUCAUGCCGAAUCAUUUCUGUCAUUAGUGAGUAAUUCUAACCAAUUACCUCAACAACCUCCACCUCCCGUACCAGUUGCAUCAUUUUCCAAUCAAAAAUCCCUCAAGUCUACUCGCUCGGUAAACGAUUUAAAGUCUCCUAACAACAAGCCUAUGCGUUUGUCUUUAAAAUCAAGCUCAAAUCCUUCAUUACCAUUAACAACUAAAUCUCUUCCUAAAAGUCAACCUCAAUCACCUUCUCAGUAUACUUCAUUUACAAGACCUACUUGGUUACCUCCUAAAUCUAGUAAAGACAAAAUGAAACAUCAACGUGAAUCAGAAACACUUUUAAAUCAUGCUAUAGUAUCUGAGAAUAAACGCCAGAUGCAAAUUAGUUCUAAUCUCAAUAAAUUGAAUAAAUUGAAACAAAUAGAUUUAUUCAAAUGGGAAAAUGAAAUAUUACCGAAUGGUUCAACCAUUAAAACGAAAGAUUAUAGAAAUCAAAUUAAAACAAAAGCCGUUAAAGAUAUGUAUUGGCGUGGUUUACCCCCAUCUUUAAGAUCAAGAAUUUGGUGGCAGCAAAUUGGAAACUCAAUAAAUUUAACUCCAUCAAUUGCCAAAAAUUAUUGGGAAAAAUAUAACAUGUUUAAAUCUCAGGUCAAUUCAUUUAAUCAGUUAUUAAUUGACCAUAACUUGGAAGACUCGGAUUUAUCAACAAUUUCGUCCUUACCAAGUGAGAUUAAUAAUUAUAUCAAUUCUAAUCCUUCAAUUAUUGAGUUCACUCAAUUGCAUCAAAAAGUAGUUAACGAUUUAUUUGAUACCUUCCCAGAUGUGAAUUUUUUCCAAAAUUCUGAUGUUAUGGAAUUACUCGAACAAACAAUUGUGAGCUUCGUUAUUUAUAUGAGUGAAACAAUUAAUAAAGUCAAUUUUACCAAAACUAAUAAAAUUAUCACCAAUUACUAUUUUACCGGUUUGAACAAUUUGGCUGCUUUAUUAUAUUAUAAUUAUCGUGAUGUAUACAUGUCAUUCACUAGUUUAUGUAACAUGUUUACUCAUAACCAACUAAUGAAUAUCCUCAUAACACAUCAAAUGGAAUCAAUUGAGUUAAACAAAACCAUUCUAUGUGAUUUGUUUGGAGACUUGUUCAUGAAUAAAUUCGAAGCGGUUUUUCAAAAAAGAUUAAAUAGAUUAUCGUGUCAUUUCAAAAUUAUCGGAUUAUCAUCAGUUGAAUAUUUACCGAAUUUAUUGGUAAGUUUAUUUGCUAAUUUAUUCAAUUUCGAAUUGAGCAGUCAUAUAUUUGAUGUUUGGGUAUUUGAAAGUGAUGAAUUUUUGAUUAAAGUACUUUUAGGAUUAUUGAGUAAAAUUUCUCAUAAAUUGUUUGGGACUAAACAAGAGAUAAUUGACUUAUUGGGAGAACAGAAUAGGAAAAUACACAACAAAGAUAAAGAUGUCUACAAAUAUAUAAAUGUUGGUUACGAUUAUGAAUUUAUGGACUUAGUUAGAAACUGCUAA